AACUUAGCCGUCUAGGACCAUGAAUCGAAACACCUGGAAACCUCAUUCAGGCACUCCAGCCAAUCCACGCGUCUUUUUUGGAUGUCACCCGGCUUCAAAGAACUCGCAUCACUGAUGGCCAGUAUCACAUUGUGAAGCCGAGGGCUUUUGACAGUUAAUUGAAAAUUUCAUUCCACAGGACCGUAACGCAUCCGAGUUGAUUGGUGGAGACCUAGAUGCUGCUCAGACGGUACCACUAUCGGGUAUCACCGCCUCAGUCGAUGGUUUCGAUCUACGAAUCGGAAUAUAAUCAGAUCGACCCUCGGGUCCAGAGAGCGAUACCACGAGCACUACUUAAGCUGAGGGAUGCGUUGUGUUUUGCUCAUCAUCCUCCUAGCGUUAACUUGAGCAUUGGGUCAUGUUCCAAUACUAUCUAUUCUUGUGCCUCCUAACAAGCCUUCAGAGUUACGCUGUGACUAUUGGCCCAGUUUCUGAGCUCGUUAUUGCCAAUGGCAAUGUAUCUCCAGACGGGUUCCCCAAGUCGGCGGUUCUUGCUGGAGGCACUCAUCCCGGACCCACUAUCAUGGCCCAGAAGGGGGAUACGUUUAAGAUCAACGUCACAAACCAAUUGAGUGACGAGACGAUGCUAACGAGUACCAGUAUUCACUGGCAUGGACUAUUCCAGCAUCAUAGUAACCAAAUGGACGGCGUAGCAUUUGUUACGCAAUGUCCUAUUGCUCCAGGUCACUCUUUUUUGUACGAUUUCAAUGCUCGCGACCAAGUAGGGACCCACUGGUACCACUCUCAUUAUGGAGUCCAAUACUGCGAUGGUCUGCGAGGUCCGCUGAUCAUCUACGAUCCUGACGACCCAUACCGUUCAUUGUACGAUAUUGAUGACGAGUCUACCAUUAUUACGUUGAUGGACUGGUAUCACCUGCCAUCGCCUCAAGUACAGAGACAAGUAACUGCCGACUCAGUCCUUAUCAACGGUGUGGGGCGUUAUGAUGGAGGGCCGGAUGUGCCCUACGCCGUCAUCAACGUUCAGCCACGAAAGCGGUAUCGUUUCCGCUUACUGAAUAUGGCGUGCAAGCCCAACUACAUUUUCUCGAUCGAUGGCCAUAAUCUUACCAUAAUCGAAGUUGACGGUCAAUACGUCAAACCGCUCGUAGUAGACUCUAUCCAGAUCUAUACUGCGCAACGGUACUCCUUCAUUCUAGAGACGACACAGCCGGUUGACAACUAUUGGGUGCAUGCCGAUCCGGACGCAGGUACAAACGCCACAGCUAUCUUGCGCUAUGCAGGCGCUCCCAACGCAGACCCCAAGAACAGCACAACUUUAAGCUCGGCAGCUUUGAAUGAGACUAGCCUACACCCCCUGACUCCGUCUUUGUCCCGUUUGCUGCAGGAACCAGACAUCAAACUCGACCUUGUUCUUGUUAAAAAUCUGUCCAAUUUCAACUUCCUCGUCAAUGGCGUCCAGUACACUUCUCCCAGUAUCCCUGUUCUACUCCAGUUAUUGAGCGGUGCAAUGACAGCGGCGGACCUGACACCCAACGGGACCGUAUACACUCUGCCACGGAAUAAAGUUAUCGAAAUUUCCUAUAAUGCCGAUGAUGCCCCAGGAGGCCCUCAUCCAUUCCACUUGCACGGGCACAGCUUUGCCGUCAUCAGAAGCGCUGGAAGUACCGGAUAUAAUUAUGUCGACCCCGUCGUGCGCGAUACCGUGACCACCGGCAACCCCGGUGAUUAUGCAACUAUCCGCUUUAUCACCGACAACCCCGGGCCUUGGCUGUUGCACUGUCAUAUCGAUUGGCAUUUAUACACCGGAUUGGCUUUAGUAUUUGCAGAGGCCCCUGAAGAUGUGGCGGCUUCUCAGCCUUUCAAUAGUGCUUCGAAGCAGCUCUGUCCGAUAUACAAUAGCCUUCCUCAACAAAAUUUCCCUCUCCCUCCUGUUGAUUGAUGUAUUUUGGUCCAUACCUCUUUUCUUGUUCAAAUGCAAUUGAUAGAGAGGGUAGGAUAUUUAUAUAUGUACGGCAGAUAGUAAAUUAAUAGCCCCCACUUUUCAUGUGAAAGCGAUGUUCGAGGUGAUCAACAGCCAUCUAGACUGGCUAUUCGUCAUCAGCAUACAACUUGAAUUAAUUCUGCCGGUAUUGUGUAU